AUGCCUGAAAACCCAGCUCUAACCAUGUACCGUAAUUUAGCUUUCAUUUUCUUGCAGCUUAAGUUGGCAUGGGUUGUUCUGGGAGCAGCUUUUGCUGCUGCUUCAGCAACUGCUCAAACCUUGCCUGGUUGCCAAGAAUUUUGUGGUAACAUUAGCAUCCCAUACCCAUUUGGUACAUCUGAAGGAUGCCACAUAGCCGAUGAUUUUCUAGUCACUUGUAACGACACCGACCACAGCACUCCCAAGCUGUAUUUAAAUACGAGUCAGAGUAACAUAGAGAUCACAGAGAUCUUUCUUUCUGGUGAAUUCCGCAUAUUAGCCUUGAUAGGGUAUGAUUGCUUCAAUAAAGGGGGUGGUGGGGAAGACAAUCUUAAACCCUGGAUCACAUUGGCCAAAUUUCCCAUCUCAAAUACCCGAAACAAGUUCACAGCCGUAGGUUGUGACACCUACGCCUAUAUCAUAGGUUCCUUUGGACGAAACUAUACCACGGGCUGCAUGUCACUAUGCGACAGCAUCGACAAUGUGAUCAACGGCUCAUGCUCUGGCAUUGGCUGCUGCCAGACAAGUAUCCCCAAGGGAGUUACGAAUUACAACAUUGCAGUCCAUAGCUACUACAGCCAUACCAGCGUAUGGGGCUUCAAUCCAUGCAGCUAUGCUUUUGUAGCCGAGGAAACUGCUUACAACUUCUCUUCUUCAGAUCUUGCAAACAUGCAAGGGAAAACAAUGGUUCCAAUGAUUCUUGAUUGGGCAGUAGGGAACCAAACAUGUGAUGAAGCCAUGAAGAAUCUAACUAGUUAUGCUUGCAAGGCUAAUAGCGACUGUUAUGACUUCGAUAAUGGUCCCGGGUAUCGCUGCAAUUGCUCAAACGGAUAUGAAGGCAACCCUUAUCUUCCUAAUGGUUGUACAGAUAUUAAUGAGUGCGUUAUUUCAAGACCCUGCAACAUGACAUGCCAGAAUUUACUGGGCACGUACAAUUGUUCUUGUCCAGAGGGCUUUGAAGGUGAUGGAAGAAAGAAUGGAUCAGGCUGCAGUCCUAUUCAUCACCACAGGUUUCGCUUGAUCAACAUUGCACUAGGCAUCAGCAUAAGCAUAUCAGUGCUACUCCUUGGUAGCUCAUGGCUAUAUUGGGGAUUUAGGCAGAGGAAGAUCAUCAAUCUCAGAGAAAAGUUCUUUCAACAAAAUGGUGGCAUCAUGUUACAACGACAACUUUCCAAACGUGAAGGAUCAAUUCAAUCAGCUAAAAUCUUUACAUCAGAGGACCUCAAGAAGGCAACAAACAACUACCAUGAAAGUAGAGUGUUGGGCCAAGGAGGCCACGGAACAGUCUACAAAGGAAUAUUACCAGAUAACACCAUAGUUGCCAUUAAGAAGUCCAAUGUACUUGAUCAGAGUCAGUCCCAGAUAGAGCAAUUCAUUAAUGAAGUCAUAAUUCUCUCCCAAGUCAACCACAGGAAUGUUGUGAAGCUCCUGGGGUGUUGCUUGGAGACACAAGUUCCCUUACUUGUCUAUGAAUUUGUUACCAAUGGCACUCUCUAUGAUCACAUACACACUACCGACCAUAACAGGUCCUCAAUAACUUGGGAGAAUCGUUUAAGGAUAGCAACAGAAAUUGCAGCAGCCCUUUCAUAUUUGCACUCUGCCGCUAGUACUCCUAUCAUCCAUAGAGAUGUUAAGUCCACUAACAUACUCCUAGAUGACAAUUACAUUUCUAAAGUAUCUGAUUUUGGAGCUUCAAGGUUGAUCCCUGUAGACCAAACUCAACUAACUACAUUGGUUCAAGGGACACUUGGUUACUUGGACCCAGAGUACUUCCGCACAAGCCAAUUGACUGAAAAGAGUGAUGUUUACAGCUUUGGGGUUGUCCUUGUGGAGUUACUAACCGGCAAGAAGGCACUUUCUUUCGAUAGACCUGAAUUAGAGAGAAAUUUAGCAAUGUAUUUUGUGUCAUCAAUGAAAGAAAAUCGCUUGUUUGAAAUUGUUGAUGAACAGGUGAUGAAUGUAGCAAAGGAUGCCCAACUAAAGGAAGUUGCUAUUUUAGCAAAGAGAUGCUUAAGAGUGAAAGGCGACGAAAGGCCAACCAUGAAGGAAGUGGCAGUAGAGCUAGAGGGAUUAAGAAUAAUGGAGAAGCAUUCAUGGGUAAAUGACAACAAAAAUUUAGAAGAGACUCAGUACUUGCUUGGAGAUCAACUUUCAGAUGCUUAUGGCAUUGGUAGCAGUGGAAGCGAUUCAGUAGCUUAUGAUAGCUUGGCAAACCAUAUCAUUUCACCAACUGAUGAUGGACGAUAAGGUGUUGCUUGCCGUGGUCAGUGUUUAUUAGAUGUUAUUUGGUAAUGUUUUCAUUUGAGCCUUGUCAAAUAACCCGUCAACUGUUUUGAAUUUUUUGACUAUUUGUGUUAAUAUUCAAUUUGUUGUGAUUUUCCACGUUGAGCAUCAAAAUGUUUUCUAGAAAGAUAGUUAAUGAUGGGAACCCUUUCUGUAUGCAUCAAACAAACUAUGAAUAGUAAUUAAUUUUUCUUAAU